UCCAUGUGUGGGCCGUGCUGUCAGCUCCUCAGUUCGCAUCCUUUGGAUCUGACCCUGAGGUUGUUGGAAAUAGGAGACAGAGAUUACAACAGAGAUGUGCAGACAGUCUGUGCGUGCUGUGAGGCCGGCAGGGAGCGCAGCGCCAUUGCGGGGCGUGGGUCGUGCUGGGGUUGAGCCUGAGCCUGCGGCAGCACUGGGGCUGAAGCUGAGGCUGGGGCUGGGGCUGGGACAGGCGGCGUGGUGUUGUGCAGACGCCCGCGUUUCCCGCACAGGCUGCAAGAUCAAGGCGCUGCGGGCCAAGACCAACACGUACAUCAAGACGCCGGCGCGCGGCGAGGAGCCGGUGUUCGUGGUGACGGGGCGCACAGAGGACGUGGCCGCGGCCAAGCGGGAGAUCCUGUCGGCGGCCGAGCACUUCUCGCUGAUCCGGGCGUGGCGCGGCGGGACCGCGGGGCCCGGCGGGCCGUGCCGCCCGCCCGCGCCGCCGGGGCACACCACGGUGCGGGUGCGGGUGCCGUACCGCGUGGUGGGGCUGGUGGUGGGCCCCAAGGGCUCCACCGUCAAGAGCAUCCAGCGGCGGACGCGCACGUACAUCGUGACGCCCGGCCGCGGCGAGGAGCCCGCGUUCCAGGUGACGGGCGCGCCCGAAGACGUGGAGCGCGCGCGCCAGGAGAUCGAGAUGCACGUCGCCGUGCGCGCCGGUGCCUUCUUGGAGCUCGGCCACGAUGGCGGCGCCGACGGCACCGACGACGUCUGGCCGGGUGCCCGCGCCCGCUCCAGGAUGUUCUCCAGCUACCGCAACGACAGCUCCGGCUCGCUGGGCAGCGGCUCCACCGACUCCUACUUCAGCCCCGCCAGCCCCUUCGGCACCGGCGGCUUCUGGAUCGGGGAGGCGCCGCCGGCCGCGGGCGCGGAGGAGCUGGCAAUGGACUCCCCUGCCGACGAGCCCCUGCCCGCGCGCUCCCCGACCGCAUGGGCGCCCUUCGAGCCUGCGGCCGCCCUGUCCGGCAGCCGGCCCCCCACGCCCCGCCUGUCGCCCACCUUCUCCGAGAGCCUGGAGCACCCGCUGGCCAGGUGGGCCCGCAGCGAGCCGCCGGGCUCCGGCCGCCGGCCCGAGCUGCCCGUCUACAUCCCCGCCUUCUCCAACGGCACCAGCAGCUACUCCUCGUCCAACGGCGGCUCCGCGUCCAGCUCGCCGCCCGAGUGCCGGCGCCGGCACGACUGCGUCGUCUGCUUCGACGGCGAGGCCGCCGCCGCCCUCGUGCCCUGCGGCCACAACCUCUUCUGCCUGCGGUGCGCCGGCCGGAUCUGCGCCCGGGACGCGCCCGCCUGCCCCGUGUGCCGGACCGCGGUCACUCAGGCCAUCCGCAGCUACUCCUGCACAGCAAACACCUUCUCCGUCGGAGGCGGCGCCGUUGGAGUUACCGGGAUGGCCAAGCCACGGGCAGGGACGGGAACAGCCCCAGGCAGGGCCAGGCACAGCCCCGGGCAGGGCCUCGGCACCGGCGGCUUCUGGAUCGGGGAGGCGCCGCCGGCCGCGGGCGCGGAGGAGCUGGCAAUGGACUCCCCUGCCGACGAGCCCCUGCCCGCGCGCUCCCCGACCGCAUGGGCGCCCUUCGAGCCUGCGGCCGCCCUGUCCGGCAGCCGGCCCCCCACGCCCCGCCUGUCGCCCACCUUCUCCGAGAGCCUGGAGCACCCGCUGGCCAGGUGGGCCCGCAGCGAGCCGCCGGGCUCCAGCCGCCGGCCCGAGCUGCCCGUCUACAUCCCCGCCUUCUCCAACGGCACCAGCAGCUACUCCUCGUCCAACGGCGGCUCCGCGUCCAGCUCGCCGCCCGAGUGCCGGCGCCGGCACGACUGCGUCGUCUGCUUCGACGGCGAGGCCGCCGCCGCCCUCGUGCCCUGCGGCCACAACCUCUUCUGCCUGCGGUGCGCCGGCCGGAUCUGCGCCCGGGACGCGCCCGCCUGCCCCGUGUGCCGGACCGCGGUCACUCAGGCCAUCCGCAGCUACUCCUGAGCCCGCGCCGCGCCGCCGACACCGGCCGGGCUCUGCGGCUCCGCGCAGGCAGCGGGGUUCAGCAGAGAGGGAUUGGGGAUACCAAUCCCCGGUAUCCCUGGUGAGUGAGGGGAGGUUUCAUCCAUUACACACAGCUGAAAACUGGGCGUUGCAAAGGGCCUCUGCCACGGCCAGGCCUCUACGCCUGACAGGGAUCACCUGCUGCAGGGGGCUGGGGCACCAUCAGCCACCCACACUUCCAAUGCUGCCUUGUCUACACUGCCAGUGCUCAAAACAGGUUUGGGGAAACUCCUUUCCUUCCGCUCUCUACGCUCCAGCACAGCAAACACCUUCUCCGUCGGAGGCGGCGCCGUUGGAGUUACCGGGAUGGCCAAGCCACGGGCAGGGACGGGAACAGCCCCAGGCAGGGCCAGGCACAGCCCCGGGCAGGGCCGGGAACAGCCCCGGGCAGGGCCAGGGAAAGCCCCGGGCAGGGCCAGGCACAGCCCCGGGCAGGGCCGGGAACAGCCCCGGGCAGGGCCAGGGACAGCCCCAGGCAGGGCCAGGAACAGCCCCGGACAGCCCAGGCAGGGCCGGGUGUCUGAGGGCCAGGGCUCUCAGGGGUUGUGAUUACCAUGGGAGCGGCCAGGCUGCGCUGGGCAGUGCGUCCAAGGAUGCUGUCCGAGGGUCCUAUCCGAGGGUCCUGUCCCAGGAUCCUGUCCGAGGAGCCUGUCCGAGGGUGCUGUCCGAGGGUCCUGUCCCAGGAUCCUGUCCGAGGAUCCUGUCCGAGGGUCCUGUCCCAGGAUCCUGUCCGAGGAUCCUGUCCGAGGGUCCUGUCCGAGGUCCGUGAUCCCCCGGGUGAGGGUGCUGACAUUCCGCUUGUCCAAUCAAGCUGUUCCGAAAUCACCUCCUGGCGAGCCUGCAGAUCAAAAUGUGAAGCAUCGUUACGUCCAGUCCUCGUCUUGCACAUAAUUAAGAUUUAUUUUUAGUAAGGAGAAGGAAAAUCGGGGAGUUGCCUGCGUGCCCUGGUGGUGUGGUUAAUUUCUCAGUGACUGUGACCCUGCAAUCAGUUUGCUUCAUAUCAAAAAUGUCUUUCCAAUCACUGGUUUAAAGAAGAAAAAGGAAAAGAGUCUCUGUGGAUGUUUCCAGCUCCUCCAUCCUCAGUAUGUUCCCAAAUCUGUGCUGGCAUAUGUUGAAGCAACGAAAGCAAACGGAACAAUGUGAAAAACCAAAACAAAAAAAAGAAAGAAAAAAAGAAAGAAAGGAAAAAAAAAUGUAUAUACCAAAUGGAGUUCUGGUGGAUUUUUUUCUAUUUUUGUUUUGGAAGCAUUAUUUUCCCAAGACGAAGCUUUUUUCUCAGUAUAACAAAAAAAAAAAAAGACAAACUUGAAGAGUUAUAUUUUGUAUUAAAAGUUUACAGAUAACGGUUUUUAUUUUGUGAUUCCAAGUCUGAGAGCUGCCCUGAGGGCAAGGCCUGUCCUGCACCGCUCCGGGGCUCCGUGGGCAUGGCCAUGUCCGAGCGUGGCUGUGUCCCAGCAGGGUCAGUGUCCCAGCAGGGUCAGUGUCCCAGCAGGGUCAGUGUCCGAGCAGGGUCAGUGUCCGAGCACGGCCGUGUCCGAGCACGGCCAUGUCCGAGCACGGCCGUGUCCGGCCGCACCGCACAGCCACCCCCAGCACCACCCAGGGGCGGCCGAGGCUGGUUUCGCAUUUGCUAAUUUUGCUACACUUUUUGUUAUGUAUAUGUAGGGGUUCCCGAUCCGAUUUGAAGAAAGUUAUAAAAAAUCCAUAUAUUAUAUGAUAAAGGGCCUUGAACUUGUGACGGCCAAAGCACUGAUACUAUAUAUUUGCUGCAAAGAGAAUUACAAGAGUUUUAUUUUUCUGAUGUUAAAAAUGUUACUUAAUAAAGACUUGUUUCCACUAACUUGAACUUGUUCAUC